AUGGUACCAGUGUCUGUCCGAAUUCCAAGAUGGCUUAUGCAUCCAAAGCUAAGGAGAUUCGUUGGUGUGGUUUCAUCCAUAGUUGGACUGCUCUGUUAUGCUCUCAGUACAUCCUUCAAUUUUCUAUUCGGAAAAUGGAACUUGGUGAAAAUCUCUAUUUACAUUGUUUUCAGUUUUAUAAUCUGCCUUGCCACUUACUUUCCCAAGGUAUGGCAACACUCGGCUUGUCUCCGGUUUCGAGCGCAUAUAGCAUUUUUAGUUCUGACUAUUACUUCUGUUUACUCAUUCUUUUUUGACAAAGCUGUGAAUGGGAAACCAGAUGCAUAUAGCAUAGUCUCUUAUGCUGCUUUUGCUAUAAUGUGCUCUAGUUUUCCAAGACAGAUCCACGGCGGAUUUGAAGUGGAUCUGCUAUAUUUCUUUCUCGGAGUUUUUAUUGUGCAACUGAUGAAGAUAAAAAUAUUGUUUGGUAUUACUGGGGUCUGUUUCGGUUAUUUUGUUAUUAUUCUUAGAUCUUCUCUAAACCUCACAUUAGAAGAUGAACAUUUUGAUCCGUGUGAUCAAAAUCAAGUUGUCGUUCAAGUUGAUUUGCAACAAGCCAAUGAUGAUUGCAGUUUUAUGAUGGCACGGUUAAGUGCUUGUAUAGAAAGGCAUCAGCGGAGAAGCUAUGGUAUCAUGGACAAAAUUUUGGAGCAAGUGAGGGAAUACGGUGAAGCCAUUGAUGUCCCUGGAAAGGUGAUUGACCACAACUUGGUGUUUGAUGCACUUGGGCCCGGAGCUAUGGAGGAUCUUCAUGAUGUUGCCAAGUCCACCAUGGCUGCUGGUUUCGAAAAGGAGUUCUCCCAUGCAUAUAGCAAUUGCAGGAGGCAAUGGUUAGAGAUGUGCAUAUUGAGAUUGUUGAAGCUUCGAGAGGAUAGAGUUAUUGACCCUCAAACAAUGCCAUCCAUGGAUUACAUUAUCAGUAGAUGGAUCAUAGCUUCUGAUGUUGCCCUAAGGAUACUAUUUCCCUCGGAAAGGCAAAUCUGCAGUCGUGUCUUCUCUGGUUUACACUCUGCAGCGGAUGCUUGCUUUGGACAAAUUUGCUCUGAAGCAACAAUUCAGCUGCUGAAAUUCGCAGAGGCCUUCGUGGCUAUUAGCCUUCCAUCAUGUCGGAUGUUCCAAACCUUCCGCGUUUUUCUUGCAUUGAACCAACUGAUUCCAGACUUCCAGACAUUGUUUUCUGAUGGCCCCAGCAUGUUCUUGGUGAAUGAAGCUGUCACAACCCGGAACAAAUUGAGAGAAGCAAUCACAGGCUCUUACAUGGAUAUGAAGAAUUUGAUUUUCCGUAGCAAGGAGGCUAAGUUAGUUCUUCCAAGUGGUGGGGUUCAUCUAAUUACCUACAAUGUAAUGACAUAUAUCCUAUUCUCACGGCAGUCGCAAAGGAAGCUUCAGCAGGCUUCGCUAGAAUACCCGAUGGAUGCCGGAACCCAAUCGAAUAAUAUUUUGUUGUUGCAGUUAUUAGAGAGAAAAUUGAGAACCAACUCCAAGAAGUACAAGGACCCUGCUUUGGGCUAUUUUUUCAUGGUGAAUAAUAGGAGUUACAUAGAAAACAAGGUAAAAGAGUGGGAGUUGGGAACCUUUUUGGGAGAUCAUUGGGGUCAAAAUAACACUGCAAAAGUGAAGCAAAACCUUGAGCUAUAUUACAGAAGUUCUUGGAACAAGUUGCUAGACUAUCUGAAUCUAGACUACUAUGGCGAGUCGCCGGCACCUGAGGUUGCCGCAGAGCCAAUGAAGAAUAAGCUGCUGUUGUUCAACAUUCAUUUCAUGGAGACAUGCGUUGCUCAAUCUACAUGGUCCGUCUUUGAUGAGCAGCUAAGGGAAGAAAUUAGGACUUCAAUAAAAAACAUGUUGCUGCCAGCAUAUGGAAACUUCAUUGGGACGAUGCGUAAAGUUCUUGGAAUGAAUGCUUAUGAGUAUAUUAAGUAUAGAAUGUUUGACAUUGAAGCUCGAAUCGACGGUUUAUUUUAUGGAAGUAUCAUGAAUCAAUGA